AUGGUCAUGGUGAGGGGCUACAGUACGUCUCUCCGCGCUGAGGGCCAUGGUCUGCUGCAUUUGGGUAGCCCGAUGCGAUACCUUGGACAUCGGCAUAUAUCCAAAGCAUCAGUUUCUGAACCUAGUCCCAGUCAGCGCGCUGACAUCUCUGACUCUCUCGAGAAACGACAACUCCCCGACUUUGCACAGCGCAACUUGAACACCAUCCGAAGCAUCUACGGCCUCACAGUCUAUCCCAACAAUGUUCCGAUCCUCAAACAAGGAUGCGACAAAGCAGUUCCUCCAGGACUCUUCAGCCCAUAUGCCACCGGACGUGUGUCUCCAGUGGGCGAUUUUAGUGGCUUCAACGACUCAUGCGAGUACUUCUUCGCCUUGGCGCCAAAUCCUGAGGACCAGGAAUUCCAAGGCCUCGGUAUUUAUCAGGCCGAUGUUGUAGAGUUCACUUCCGGUUGUCCAAAUAUUGCUGCGAGUGUGGUAUACCUUCGCACAGCAAAGUAUGACCAGAACACUCGCCAAAUCGAUCCAAGUCGCCCAGUCUCGACGCUUGCACAGGUCGCCUUCUGGCAAUUCGACGCCUACGGCCAAGUCGAACGCUACCACGCCUGGAUCACCAACCUCGAAGCCUGGAUCAAAGCCGGCACAGGCGUAGACUUCAACGCCCUCCUCUACCAAAAAUUCGUCCCCGUCGUCCUCUGUCCCGGAAUCCAACAACGCUGCACAGGUCAAUACCAACAAUACCUCGACGUCACAACCUGCAUCCUCGAACUCGAACUCAAACCUUUCGGAUCCUUCGAUGAAGUCUCGGGCGAUAAUGUCGCUUGUCGAUUGAUUCAUUUGAUUUUGACGCAGGUCAGACCGGAUAUUCACUGUCCGCAUGUGGGACCUACUGGUGGGGGCAAGUGUGUGGAUAUUAAUUACAGUAUUGAUUAUUUUUCGGAUUUGGAGUUGUUUGGGCUGCCGGAGGGGAGUGUGUUUACUUGUGGUGGGCCGUUGACGGAUCCGAUGAAUCCGGCUGCGGUGGGACCUUUUAGUGGGAGUGAUGGGAACCCUCUGCCUGGAGAAGCGCCGCCGCCUAUUCCGGAUGUGAAACAGGCAUUGGGACCACUGGGAGGUUUGUUGGAUGGGAUUUUGAAGAGGAUGCCAGAGUGGUUGUGA